UCAACAAACUCGCACACACAGCCCACGCUCUCUGCUGCUGAUCCCUUGCUCUCGCGUCUGGUGCUCUAGGUCGUUCUUGAGUCUGCUAGUUCCACCGAGUUCUGUUCGGUGUGUUGCCACGUGGAGAUUAGUGAGCCAACUCCUGCCGUCAGUCUGCCUCAGGCUCGUUUCCUUGACCUCCCUCCGCGCUCACCUCCUUGGCUACUGUCGCUAGAAUCUGUAUUAUGGCGGGCCGACUCUCGCACAAACCUCCAGCUCCACUCCAGACUCCGCCCUGGGCGGCGGGCCUGCGGGGAGGGGGAAUGGAGGACGACGCGGAGCGACCGCGCGGAGUGCGCGCCUCCAGCGGUCGCGGGCUCCGCCGAGCUUCCACGGAGCGCGCAGCGACGAUGGAUUCGCUGCCGUCAGUCCUGCCGGUGGGUGCGGGCAAUGCGGAGGAGCAGCGGUCUCCCAACGACUCGCAGGCAGCGUGGCCAGCAGCUGAUUUUAUUUCCGGCCCUUUUGACGGCAACGCGGCAGUAGAGCCGGUGAGCCGUCAGCGUGGCCCGUCCGGCGUGCCGCGGUGCUUGAGCUUCGACGGGUACCAGUCGCGCACGGCGGAGUCCACGUGGGCGAGCUCCGCCUGGGGGAGGGCGUAUCUGGAGCGAGGCAGCCCGCGGAUGCCCCGCGGGCAUCGUGCCGUGCGCGGGAGUUUGAGCGCAGGCGCGGGGGGUUUGGGCAGUCUGCAGCGGGUAGAGUCGGGCAAGGUGGCGACGACGAUUGUCCAGAUCUGAGACGCCCCGCCGUGUGAUGCGGGUCACGACUCAACUAACCGACGCGGCGCCACCGCAGCCGCCCUGAACCUGAAUAUAGGUGACUUUUGAGUCGACUCAAAAGCCGCCCUGAACCUGAAUGUAGCUUGCGCGUCCGCGCUGCCUCCGCGGAAGGCUCCGCGCGUCUGACGCCUGCUGCUUGCGCCAACCUCAUUUUUCCGCUAUGGAGGCUCGGCGUGCUCCAUUGCCCGACUGCUCUCCUUUCCAUCUAUUUUUCUAGAACUGCAAGGAAAUGUAUGCCUUUGCAUGCUCAGUCAUUAUAAUUGUUUGUUAGGUUACUUAUACUUGUAUGGUUCCAUUGAA